UAUUAUGCGCUUUUAAGCGUAGUUUUCUUAUAUAAAAAUUUUUUGCAAAUAAAAUGCAAAAGAUAAGCAGACAAAUGCAAAAUGGAUAAAACUAAUAUUGUCAAUACAUUUACUGCUUACGUUGAACAGCUGCGGAAUCGGGAAUGCAGCCAAAAAGAAAAGAUUGCGUGUUUUCAGCACAUCGCCGACUGCAUUACGCAUCCCGCAUUAGCGAGUCAUCACAAUUACGCCACACAUUGUUCAAAGGCGACCAAUGUGCUCCUCCUGUUCUGUGAGGAUUUGGAUUCGGUAGUGCGGAUGUGCGCUGAGGAGAAUUUAAAUAAGAUUUUUCGAACUUUGGAAAAGACUCGGGUGAGUCGGAUUCUAAUGGAUUUGUAUGGUGAAAUCAAACGAAAUGGAAAUCAACGUUCCCUGCGUAUUUCAUUAAAUUUGUUUGCUCAUUACGCACCUCAAAUCAAGGAAAAGCAAAUCAAGUGGUACGCCUUGCGCCUACUGCAUUGCAUGCUGAACAUUUGCCAGCGGAAGGAGACGCAAUUAUGUGAGACUUUGUGUGAAUUUGUUAAAAACUUUGGUAGGAAUCUGCAGCACGGCUUGACGGACAGUGAAACGUGCAAACUUUUCGAGGCUUUCAUGGCAAAUAUUGGUGCUGAGUGCGCGGUGAAGCGACGCUGUUCAUCACAGAACUGCAUCAGUCUGAUUGAGAAUUCGCAGAAUAAGAGUUUAAUGGCCAAACAUGGACUCAGCAAAGUGUUUGAACUGCUUCUGGCUGAUCAACAAACCAACACUGUGCUUGGUGCCUUAGGAUUUUUGCGCUUGUUAGUUCCAUUGAUCAUACGUGGUUUUAAAAAGUAUGUAGAAGAUGAUGACUCUCAUACAGCUACUAAUAAAAGAAGCUCCGCUUACUCUACACAAUCAAACAAAUUCGUUGGUGGAAGUCCUAUGCCACCAAUGACGAGUGAAAUAAAAAAAAUUGUUGAAAUUUAUGAUUAUUGUUUGCAUUUGUUAAGCACUAGCAACAAUUCAAAUCAUUCCAUUAUAAAUGCAGCACUUGAGGUCAUCAAUGCCUUACUACAAGCACUUGACACCAACAGCUGCUGCAACACCACUAAUAAUGCAACUGCAAAAACUUUACAGCAACUACUGAGUAAUCAACAAUUGCAGCUCAAUGAAUUUCUAAGAAGGAGGAAAUCAUUAAAAAAUCAAAUAUUCCAAUUGAAAAAUUAUGAAGUGACAACAACGGAAGCACCAACAUUACCAGUAACAGCGGCAAAAAACACUGGCAUUCUAGUGUCAACGACAGUCGCUGCGAAAGCGAAAACGACAGCGUCACCGACAAUGGCAACACCAAGUCAACAUACUCAAGGUGCUAAUACUGAAGUUGCAGUUGAUACUCCUGGUGGCAGUGCUGCUGAAGCGGAAUUGUUACUGAAAAAUUUGAGAAUUAUAAGUGAACAUCAGGAAACAUUGAAUGCGAAUGUGUCGGAAGAAGUUGCAUACAAAUUAGAUAUGCAAAAAAUUGCAAAUGCAAAAAUGUUGCUUCGGGAGCAACAAGAACAUCAGAACCAAAAGCUGGAGCUGAAGCUGGAGCUGGAGAAGGAGCAUCAACAUAAAGUCGCAGUUAUGUCAUUGUCGCCAGGGAAUGCCGUGGGAAUUAAUGUUGGUUCCGGUACAAGUGAAACUACUUCAAGUCCUGCUGCUUCAGCUCCUAUAACAAUGGCUGCAUUUGUUGCUGUUGAGAAAAAUAUGGAUGCAGAUGUUGACAAUCAUGACGAAGAACAACAAACAGCAAAAAAUAUGGCAACGACUGCAGAACAAACUAAACAUCACAUACGAAGCACAGCACGUAGUAUUAGCGAAUGUAUAGAAUAUGAUGCCUUUGCACUAGUAGACGAUGCAACGGGUAUAAUAGCGGGUGUAGACGAAGAUGAAGAUGAUUUUACAACGCUGUCUGAAAUAAGUGAACCGAAGCAGACGUACGCUCUAACAACAACAAUCGAUGUUGAUAAUCUGAUUGAUGCAAUCGAUGCUAAUACUGACUCUGCCAAUGGUAUUAGCAUCAACACCAACUACACAAAAUAUAAUCCAAAUAGUAUGGCUGAGAGCGAUGGUGGUGCUGAGCAUCUACAUUCGCCACCACAAAAUUUGCUUACUGUUUCCGCCAUUAACAGCAAUGCUAACGCCUUUUUGUCAUCCGCUGCUGCCGAUGACAAAUCAAAAUCAGAGGUUCUGAGUGACUUCGACAAUGAAUCUUUCAACAGCAUUGACUUUGAAGCAGAAAUCAGAAUUGGUGGCAAAGAUGGCAGUGCUGCUGGUAAUACUUCAACUUCAUUGAAUGCUGGUGUAAAUAAAACUAUAGAACCAGAUGCUAAUGCUGAAAGUGGCUCUAAGGGAAGCGGCGACACAAUUGGUUCUUUCUUCAAUAACCUAAUUUCACAUUCAAGUGCAGCGUCAGAAUCUGUAAGUAAACUCUUUCGUCAAUCAUCAACAACGAAGUCAAGUUCUAUAAUCAACCCACAAGCUGAAAAAGCAGAUGCCAUUUCUACUACUUCAAUGUCUGCAGCAGAUAAUUUAUCGUUUAUAUCAACUACUAGUAGUAAUAAAAAUUUUGAUGUUGACGACAUAUUGUCAGCAACACCGGACAAGUUUUCUAGACAGCAAUCGUUACCAAGCAUAAAUGAUGAUACCUUUGCAACAACACCAUCAGUAACAGCGUCCACAGCAGUUUUACAGGACAUAAGCAAAAAUUCAACUGAUAGUCAGUUAACAGAAGAUGUUGCGGAUGCUGAUGCUGAUGCACAGCCAGAAGUGGAGUUAAGAAGAAAACCGAAUGCAAAUCCGUUUCUUUUAGAAAAUUCACCACUUAAGCAGACAAUUUUUGGGCCACCUUUGGUUACCAUAAAAAUUGGCACUAUUUAUGAGCAGUCUUUAAUAUAUUACACAGCGCGUCUUAUAGCUGCUCGUUUUUUAUUGACAGGUGAUGUAAAAACUCUGCAAUCUGAUACCAAUAUACGUGUUUCCAUUAAAAACUUAGCAUUGUGUGUGAUUUCACAAUGUGUGCGCCUGCAACCAAUUGUUUUGCAAAUCUCAUUAGAAAUCACAGAAACUGAACUGAGUUUACUCGAACAAAUUGCACAAAGCAUGACUACGGAAGAAAACUCUAAAGGUUCAAGUACCAGUGGUAGCCCAAAUGAAGAUACAAGUGCCACAAGCAACAGUUCCAAUAUAGCAACGGAUUAUGAAGAGUUGCUUUCAGGUGAUAAAGUUGAUUUUACUAAUAAGUUUUCUGCAGCAGAUGAUCCAAGUGAUUUGCUUGGUUCAUCACUGCUUUUGGAAAUCAAAGAUGAUCAUUUUGGUAAAAGUACUUGUGAUUAUUUACUUAAUCAACCGUUGAGUAAAAGCGCAGACCCAGUUUUGUUUACUAUACCAAUAACGUCACAGCGCCCCGCCACUUCAAAUAAAAAAGUUAAUUAUAAUCUUAAUGAAUUAUCAAAGUCAGAUAUAGUAACUUCAAAUAAUAAGAAAAGUAGCACAUUUAAAAUAACCGAAGCCGUUGAAGAUACGCCACCUUCUAUGUUGCCACCGCGGCCACCAAAACGUACAAAAUCAAUGCGGAAAUCUAUUGGACUUAAUCUGACAGAACUUCAAGGCACCAAUGUUGCUCCUUGUACAGUAGAAACACGAACUCAAAGUGGGAAUAAAAAAGAAAAACAAUAUAUACGAGAUAUUUUGCUAUAUUACAAUCAUUUGGAUCCGAUAUUACGCGGUGGUGUACAACAGAUUAUUGGAAACUUUAUACAAUCAACAGCAGCUGGAAUAGACUUAAAGAUGGAAAUAAACUUGCAACAUUUAUUAGCGAUAUUGAUUAAGGGACUACAAGAUGACAUACACACAGUGGUCAUACAAGCAUUGAAUGCAUUAAAUAAAAUUUUUCCUCAUGUGAUGACCAAAUAUUUGACAAUACCGCCAUAUAAUCAACAAAUACAACAAGAACAUGAGAAGCGGCCACAGGAGCAGCAGCAGCAGCAGCAGCAUCAGCAGCAACAGCAACAGCAGCAGCAACAAAGAACUGAAAAAGAACCAAUGGAAAAAAAAUACGAAAAUAAUGUCUUUAUCCAAAAUCAGCACGAUUGCACUAACGAUGUUAAGCAUCCUACGCAAGGAUACUCUAUAAAAGCAACAAAAACAAAUAUAACAACAACAACGAAAGGAAUAGCAGCUACAAUAGCUAACAUUGCGCCCUCAGCAACAACUUCAAUUGCUACAGCAUCGUCUCGUGCUGCUGCAACAAGAAAACAGUUCACUGAUAAUGAUGAGCUGAUAGCUGCGCUUUUGAAUGCUUUUCAAUUGCAAUCGAAUUGUGAUGACAAUAAUGAUCAACCUUCUUCGUCUGCUACUGAUGAGCACUUCGUUAAAAGUACCAUUAUUGAUGCUGAUGUCGACAUUGGAACUUGCUCAGUUACUACUAAGGCAUCUUGUUCAGUUAGUGGUAGUGCUUAUGGUGCUAGUGCUAGUGUUAGUGCUGGUGCUGGUGCUGGUGUUGUCAUGGGUAUGGGUAAUUUUGAUGGCACAUUUUUCAUAUCACCAAAAUUGCUUUUGGAUAAACUUCGACUAUGUUAUCACAAUAAAUAUUGGUUGGUACAAAAUAAAUAUGCCGAAGUUAUUUCAAAUUUAAAUUACUCCAUGCUGCGUUCGUACUACGGAACUGAAAACAACUUUGAUGACAAUAGAAAGUCGUGUCUAAAUUCCUUUGCUCCAUGUACUUCUCCUGAUGAUGAUGUAGUCUCCACUUAUGAAAACAUAUUUCUCGAUGAACUUCUGCAGCUAAUUGGUGAUGAUGAUUUUCGGGUCAGAGAGCAUGCAGCGGAAUGUUUAUGUCGGUUUAUCAUACGAAAUGCGAAACAGCAUCAUAAAAUGAUGACGCAAAAAUCUAGCAGUAGCAAUAUUAGUGGUGAAAAGGAAAAUUUACUUACCAAUGAAACUUACAACACUAAUUUGCAUUUGCUCUGGGACUUUUUGGAUUAUCAUUUGUUUUGUAACAUGUCGAUACCUUUUCGUAAUUUAUGUAGAGUGAACUCAUCGAUAGCACCACCGUUGUUGGAGUUACAAUCAACAACGGCAACAGCAAUGCCAUCAGCAACAUUAUCGAUGGCAACAUCGAAUUCGUUGUCUGGCAUCGUAAAUGGUGGUGCACUCGCAACGGGAACUCGUACCGCUGACCAUUCUUUUGCUGUGUAUGCAAUGUGCCGUCAAACGGCCUUGGAAGAAAAACUUUUAUCCAAAGUUUUGUAUCGUUUGACAAAUAAAUUGAUGGAGUUGCAUGAUAAAAAUUUACAGUUUGGCAUAAUUUAUACACUGAAGUUGCUGCUGCAUCACUUCAGUUUCGUUGAUUACCAACGUGCGUGGACUGAAUUCAAUUUCAUGGAAAUCUGCAUUAAAUUCUCUUAUUACAACUGCGUUACAUCAAUGGACUUAAAUUGUCAGAAUGAUUUGAUUGAUGUUAUGGGAAAAUUAAUGGCAGGUGCUAUGCUAUCCGAAACACCUAAUCGACAACAACACCAACAACAAUUGGAACUACUGCUUACGCAUGUCCUUAAAAUAAUUAACAUAUAUUAUCAUCUCUUCACUAAUCAGAAGCCUUUGCUGUUUGCUAAAGUACAGAAAAAUGAUAUUUUCAUAAAUGCCAAAGAAUUGGCCAUUGUACAGAGUGUUGGAUACUUUGGCAACGAUUACGUUUACAUUAAACUUUACAACACUUUAAGAUGUGCUAAUGACAGCUACAAGAUAACAAUAAAUCAGGAAUCUGGCAGCUUAUUAAUUUCUUUACUAAAAACGUGCCUAAACACACUGAGUUUUUGUAUUGAACUGCGUGCACAUAGUCCACAGCAGGGCAGUUCUUCGGUCGGCAUUUUUCCAUCAAACACUGUCCUAAAAUUAAUUGAAGAAAUUCUUCAGUAUUUGACCAAACUCAUAAAUUAUGCCCCCUGUGAGUGCAUUGCAUGUCUAAGGCAACUGUUGAAAUAUUUAUUUGCACAAAAUUAUGGCAACCGCCAGCAGGAUUAUUAUGGUGCAUUUAUGCAACCAUAUUUCGUUGCAAAGGCCAAAGGACAACGACAAUGCUCAACUAUAGUAAAAGACGAGAAUAUAAUGUACUCGACGCAAACAAUAAAUUCAAGUGCAAUGAUGACCCCAACGACAAUGACUUCGUCAACUUUUGCACACAAUAAGGGAAAACUAAUUGCAACGCAUGCAGAUUGUAAAGAAAGUUCAUCAGUAACAGAUGUACAGGACUAUCGUUUGUUUGGGGAAUUGUUUGUGACCAGUUUAAAUAUGCAACAUUCAAAAUCGGACCAUGAGACUGAAUGCUCAAGGCAUAUUAAACUCUUUGAGCCAUUGGUUAUAUACAGUUUAACACUCUUCAUGAAAUCCAAUUCUGUUGUACAAGCUCCUGUAUUGGAUUUACUAGUGCAAUUGUUGCACUUUAAUGUCACUUAUAGCAUAUUGGAUUCAAAGAAUGUUAUUUUUGAACAAAUUCUAAGUAAUCUAGAAUUGAUUGAAAGUGGAAUAGCUAGAAAUACACACAUCAUCAUACCGCCAAUGAUAAAAUUUCUUAUUCAAUUAACACAUAAAAGCGAUCGCAAGUUAAUUACAAUACCGAAAAUCAUCAGCAUUACCAAUAAUUUAUUGGCCAACAAUGCUAUACGUGAAAGUGCAGUACUGGCCCUGAAGGCAUUAACCUAUGAAAUAUUUUUUAUAUCGCCGAACAUUGCCGCAGCAUCAGUAAAUACCGUUUCCACUGCUGACUUGCGCGCUCCUUUUCAGAGUCCGAUUUCACGUUCACCCAUCUCCACACCUACUCAACCACGUCGUAGUGGAACUGAGGAAGCUGAAGCAGCAGCUGCAGUUGCGGAGAUGAUACUUGCACACAAUCGAGAAUUGGACACACAGAAGGAGGUCGUUUUGGGUAUGUUGGAGAAAUUUAUCGAUGCAGUCGAAUGUCAGCAAACACUCGCUUUGUUAUUAUUGCGUGAGCGUUGUGCACAACAAUUGGAAAUAGUACAACAGGAAAAUGUAGAGAAAUUGGGUUGCGGUUUCGAUAUUGGCAACAAAAGUAGUGAAGGUGCUAUGAAAGGACAUACUAUGUACAGUACCUUAUUGCAAGAUCCAGACGCAUUAUACGCUAUUGUAUGCCGUGCAAUGUGCGAAGGUCGUAUACCAGUGCAAAGUUGGCAUAACUACUUUUUAUGGAACGCUUUCUUUCGAAAUAACGACAAAAGUGUGCUUGCCGAUAGUAAAACAUUUUUAGCGCUACUGCAAAUAUUUUUCUCGAAGGAUAUGACUAACUUUAGUGAUUUAUCGCUUACAACGAUAAUCCUUGAAAACGUAAUACUUAAAAUCGAGGAAAUUUAUUUAGUAAAUCAUAUAAAACUUUAUUUAAAAAAUAACCCGGAAGUACAGAGAGACGAAUUUAAAAAGCAGCAACAACAACAACAGCAACAAAAUCAAGGCACCCAAAAUUGGAUGCACGAUGGACCAUCGACGUCUUCGGCAGCAGCAUUUGCUGCAGCACAGAAUCAACCGUCUACGUUACUAUCACCAUUCCCAUUACCAUUACCAUCAAUAUCAUCAGCAUCAACAGCAGUAUCAUCUUUAUCUCCAUCGUCAUCAUCAACAGCAGCAGUAGCAGCAGUAGCAACAGCGGCAGCCGCCGCCCAUAAAGUCAACCACACCGUCAGUGAAAUUAACUACUUUGCAAAAGUUUUAUAUGAAAAACUCGAAAACUGUCUUAGUUAUAUUAUUGAAGGGACAACAAGCACAACAACAACAACAACAACAGCAGUCCCCACACGUUGCUGUUAUGAUGCACAAUAUUGUGGUCUUGUGGUGCGUUUUGUAAGAGCACUGCAUGAUAUUUGUUGUUGUUCGUUGCAUAAAGAUGGGUUCCAAGCGAUUUUUCGUAACGUUUUGGCUGAAUCUGAAUUUCUCGACAAAUACUACAAUUUAUUACUGAUGCAUGGAACUUUUGCCACGCCUACAGCAUAUGAAUUAGAACAGGAUGCUCUAAUGCUUCUGCAAGUUGAAGUCUUUAAGCUUUUGUCGGCCAUGAAAUUAGUCGAUCCUUUGGUACUUUUACAACAAAUUCAAGCAUUCGACAUCAAGUGGAACGUGCAGUGGACACUUUUGCGUGAAGUUUGUCUGCGCAAUCCAAACCCCAUGGAUUGGAACUUGCAACAAGUGCGGCAAUUGUUCAAUGAAACAUUUCUGAAUAUCUUAAUUGCAGAACAUUUUGCUUUUGUUUGCAAUUUAUGCAAAGUGGACGAAGAGUUUUGCUCGUUACUGCAAAAUUCGCUUCUACAGCAUGCAAAGGUACUCGAAAAGACUUCAAUACGUAAGCUUCUACGUUUGAUAUUGCGUAUUACAAGUUCAGGGAAUCGACGCUGUUGCAGCAUCCAAUGUACAGCGAAAUUUUUGCAAUUUUUGGCAAAAUUGCAUCGCAUCCACAGUGAGGAUAAAAUACUAGUGGCUCAGUUGGAGCGUCUGGCACGGCGCAUUAUAGUGCAAUCAACACACGAUAAAAAUGCUAUUUACGAUAGUUUCAUGCAUAAUGUAGAAGAGGAGAUGGAAGACUAUUUGGAUGGGCAAUUGGAAUUCCUGCUUUUAAAUGACUUGGAAAAUUUACAAUUGGGAGUAGAAACGCGACUGGAUAAGUCGGCUUUAGAGAAGCAAAUUAUUGAUGAGAAGUGGUUGUUUGCACAGUUAAUUAAAUUCUCAACACAAUCCAACUACGAUUUAGUGCAAGUGACAAAAAUCCUACUCGAUAUACAAUCGGAAAACAAACUACACAGUAUAUUCAACAAUCUAACGUUCGAUGUGCCGCGAGUGCUGUGGCAUACGAUUGCGAUAUCAUUGCAAACAAUGCUAACAACAUUUCGCAACGAUUGCAUGCAACAUAAUCCGCACAUACACUACAUGCAGCCGAAUCCAUUAGCAAGAGUUUCCCUCGCCGUGCUAAUGGCACGUCUUGGCGCAAUUGCUAUUGACAGAGAAGUGCCACUGGUUACUAAUACCUCUGUCAAGGCUAUUAUUUCUAAUGUUUAUGCAGAUGCUGGAGAUGCUAAUACCACAACAGUGGUACAUUUGUCCAAUGCCGUAAUAGCUCUAAUCGAGAACAUCAAGCAAAUUGAGAUGGCAGCGCUAAUUUACAUCGAAUCGAAAUUCAUGGAAAAAUUUUUGCGCGAACACUUGUUGCGUCCUGACCACAUAGCGAUACUCUUAAGCUAUCUAAACUGGUGCUGCAAACGUGUCAAAAGACUGCUUUUAACUGAGCACCAGCACCAGCACCAGCGGCAUACUGAGCAAAAUAGUAUUGGAGUGCUGCUGCGUUGUAUUGAGGUGCUACUGCAACAAAAACUCAUUUGGAAUGAGCUAAAUCAAAUUGAAAAGGUGCCACUUACUACGACUGCUGACAAAACAACAGCCGACAGCAUUUUGUCCAUUUCACACAAAGAUAUGCUGUUGUGUAAUGUGAUAGAUGUCCUUGUUUUACUAUUGACAAAAUCUAUGCGAAAUACAGUUUUCUAUAAAAAAUAUAAAACCUCGAUGAUUGCUGUGAAUUGUACUGAUACGUUAAAUAGGAACUUAAGUGCUGAAGAAAUUGGAGAUAUGAACACGGAGGAAAUGUUAGCCACUUUUGCGCCGAAAGCUAUUUUUGUGGCGAAAUGGAUUGAAGCAAAACUUGGUUUCGAGCAAUUGACUGGCACACUCUCUGCAAGCUAUAUUACAGGUCAUAUCUCUGGUACUAAUGGUUCUAGUUUAACUGCUGAAGCAGAUAAUUGUAGUAUGAAUAGUGGAAACUUUAACGACUUUAUAGGUUUAGAUGUCAAAGGUGCACAAGUUUCAAUGCAAACUAUCGAAUCGAUUGGUAUUUCAAUUUUAAGAAUGAAUCAGUUCUACGCAUAUGCUGUUACGCCUCAUGAAAUUAUUCAACAAAGUCUUGCUCUGGAUAAUGUAAGUGGAUCACAUGAUUCACCACAUAAACGCUCGGUAGCAACCGCGAUUCAAUCCACAAAGGGAAUUUUAUCGACAAUACCCGUUGAAAGACUUAGUGAUGUAGACGUAUUACGCAAAUUUAUUAAAAGAUUAUCAAUUUUUGGCUUUACAACACGACAACAAUUCGAGGAGUACUUCAUGACAUUCCUGUUGUUAAUCAAUAAAGUUUAUGAUGAAAAUAUGGUGGACCAACAGGAACAAUUUCAAAUUAAAAGCACUUGCUUAGAAGCGAUUUUAGAACUUUUAAUUACGUACAAAACUUUUCCAUUUGUGGGUGAUAAAGUUUCUUCCUAUUUCCAUCAUACGACGAGAUGGUCUCGCAUUAAUUGCGAUAGUAUAAGUCUUAAAAAGUUGCAUAAAGUACAAUUGCUUGUUUCGGCAUCAAAUGUUUUCUAUCAUCCCAAUUUGGAACGACAACUUAUGACUGAUACGGUUAUUGGUACGAAACUUUUCAAUGCGAAUCAAUAUGAUCUCAAUUUUAUAUGGCAGCAAAUGGAAGCCUAUGCACAACCCACAACAGCAAUGACAACGCAUAUAAAUGUUACCAGUAGCAGUAGCAGUGGCAGCAGCAGUUUUCCUGAUCAAAAUGCCUCAAGUGGCACUGAAAAUAACGAAGCAGCAAUACGAAAUUCUGACAAUGAAAAUACGGCAACGAAAAAUUAUCGUUAUUUUACAGCACAAUCAGGCGUCGAUUUUAAGAGUAGCUCUCAGCUUAUAUUUGAUGUUCUGAUGCAGAUUAUUGAGCACAAUCACAUUUUAGUGCUGCCAAAUCUGGUAAAAUUCUGUGAGAUUUGCGAAAGUCGUGAUCAAAUCAAAUGGAUUAAGGAUAAAGCUUUUAAAUUGCAAGAAACUAUACCAAUGGACGAUACCAUUUCACAUCAGCACCUCAUCUAUUUAUUGUGUAAAACUCAAGCCAUGCUGAUACCGACACUGGGUGAAUUGCAGCAAUUGUGCAUUCUUAUUUGCAACUAUUUGAAAAGUUCACAUAUUUUCAUACGCAACGCCACCUUAAAUGGUCUACUAAGCUUACUGGAAAGCUGCUCCAAAACCAACACAACUAUUGGCAAAUUAAGUGAGGAGUUAACUUUAUUGAGAGAUUUAAUUGUUGGCUAUAUUAAUCGGCAUGGAAUUAUCGAUGAAAGUGAAAUGCAGUGCAGUGAUAUGCAUACUAAGCUCGUGUGGACACUAAACUAUUGUCUGAUUGAAUGGACAUCGAAAUUUGUGCCACAAUGUAAUUUGCUUUCGAAUGCAAUAAUUGCGGCAAGUAAUUUCCUGAGAAAGACCAACAAAGAGGAUGUAUACUUGUGUGUUUUACAUGGUCUCGAACGUUUGGUUGUCAUCGGUAGCAGCGGAAAUGGUAGCGCAGUCCCUGGCGGAAUUGCCAACGCCGGCGGCAGUAACAGUAGUAAUUUGAGUGUUGGCAUCGUUACACCAAUAUUGCGUCAGAAAAUUGAAAAACUCGCUCUAGACUUGGUAAAAUUGGAAAAUGAAAAAUUUUCAAUUCCCGCUUUAAAAUUACUUUUGACGUGCAUGUAUGUCGGUUCAGCAAAGCAACUGGCAAAUACGGAACUCUCUAAUGGCAUCGUGCAAGAUGACCCCGAGAUAAUCGCGCAGCAAACUGAUAAAGUUGAUAUCCUUUUGCAUUGUAUUAAAUCAUCGACACGAGAUGCCGCCUGGAUUUAUGGACAAGUGUUGUGCCAAAUUAUACGUGAUUUAGUGCCACCAAAUGAAAUAUUGACGAAGGUCAUAAAGGAGUUUUUAGCUAUAAAUCAACCGCAUUGUGAUGUUAUUGCCAUGGUUGUAUAUCAGGUUUUCCGAUGUGCUAUCGAUUCAGCAUUCCUACAAAUGUUGCAAGACUGGCUCAUAUGUUCGCUGCCAACUUUCUUGGCGUUACCUGAACAAAAAGGUGUCUGGGGUCUAUGCGUCAUCUUUUUAUCCGCUUCAAUAAAUCUACAUUUGAUUAAACUAUUUCCGGUGGUGCUUGGUGCAAAGGAAUUUCGUAAAUUGGGUCAACAUGAGAUUGCAUUGUUCGUGACAGCUGCACAAGAUUUCUUUGCCGGAUUGAGCAACGAGCAAAAGUUGCGCUUCUUGGAUGCCUUCAAAAAGUUUGAACAAAAUCAAGUUUAUGCAAAAAUGUUGCGUAGCUUGUAAGAAGUGAAGCUGAAAUGAGAAUAGUUGACUGUGGCUGUGGCAGUGGAUGUGGCAGAGCUGUGGCAGUGGCUGUGGUUGCAAAACUGAAAUUACAAUUGGAAUUGGAGUGGAAAUGAGCUGGAACUUUUGCUGCUGCCAAAAAUAUUUUAACAAAUUAUGAUUAAUUGAAAUGCAACCGCAUUGUAAUCGUUUUUAAUUAUUCAACAAAAUUGAAAUUGGAUAGAAAGUUUAAAAAUUUAACAGUAUUUUUAGUUAAAACUUAAGAAAAAUAAGUAUGUAUGUUUAUCAUACAUACAUCAAUCAGUACACAUUAAGUAGCAAGUAGAAAAAAUUCGGAAAAUGUUAAAUUUCUACUGAAAUAAAUAUUGCGAAAAUUUAAAAGAUAAAUGAAAUGCGAGAGCAGAAGCGUAUCUGUGACCAAAAGUAGCAGUAUCCGUAUGACCAUGACCAAAUAAAGUGCAACUUUAUAGCAAAUUUCGAUUCAUUUAGCUGCAGUAGUAAAAUAUAUUUAUAUAGUGCUAAAAUGAAGAAAAUGAAUCUUAUAAUCUGCACAGGACAGGCGGGGUGACUACGAAAGAAAACUACCAAACCAUUAAUAUUCUUCCUCUAUGCGUCGUAUAGAAACUCAUCCUCAUAGCUGUUAGAAAAGAAUUUAUUUGAAAAACUCAAAGUGCACAUGAUGUGAUUGGAUACUAUUUAGAUAGAUAUUUAUAUUAAAACUUAUCCAUAUAAUUUAUACUUACAAUGCAUAUAUAUAUGUAUAUAUAUUUAUACAGUUUAUUUUUGUUGUAAUGUAAAUAGCUUCCAGCUAGAGUUAUAUCUGUCUUUCAAAUGUAUUUACUAUUGUUUAAUAUAUAUUUAUUACAAUGCAGAAAUUAUUUAUAAAAUUAUUCUAUGGUAAAACCAACAGAAAAGGUAACGAAAAGCUCAAAAAUUUGUAAUGAUUGUAAUAUUUGUGGAUUAUUUAAACUUCACUGUUUAUGUUAAUUAUUAUUAUUAGUGCUUAAACUAUUCGAAUAUUGCAAUGUUUGAAAAUUUGAAACGAAUACUUCAAUAAGUUGUCUCUUGGCAAUUCCUAACGUCAGUAACCUUAAGAACCUCCCAUAUUCAACUGAUUCGGCAUAGUUGGACUUGUUUUUGGAAAAAUAUAUUUAAAAAAGAUCUAUAAUUGCAUCCUAAAGAACAUUUCGUUAGACCAAUUAGAUAUGAAAUCCGAUACUAAUAAAAACACCAUAUAUUAUUAUUAUUAUUAUUUAUAAAAAGUUCUGACUACUUUGA